GCGCGGCGCGGCGCGGCGGCCCCGCGAGUGCUGCAGUGAGGGAGGCGAGGAGGGGGGGGAGAGAGAGAGCGCGAGGCAGAGCGCGGCUCCAACUGUUGAAUUUUCCCUGAAUUCUCUACUUACCUGCGGGCGGCUGGUGAAAUGGAUCUGGUUUAUCGGGGAUCGGCGUUCGCUCCGCGUGCUGCCUGGCUAAGACUGGCGACCGUCUGUUUGCAAGGGGCCACCCAUCAAUGAGGCAGAGAAGAAUAUUUGUUUUUUCUUCUUUUGCAUUUGAAAGCCUCCUUGCCACACGUUGCAGAAUUAACUGUGUACUUUGGGUCCGGACUCAAAUAAAGGAGAAAAAACAGUGCAGAACUGAGAUUCGGAACUAGAUCUGUGAGCUAUGUAUUGGAAACCUAUGUUUUUAUUGGUUUUUUUUCCUUUUAAUGUGAAAGAUCUCUGAUUUAUUUCACACAUAAUACUGAGGAAAGGUGGUUAAAAACACUCAGCAAAGCAGGAGACAGACGCGCCUCUGUGCCAGUGAGUGGAUAACAGCCUUGUUUUCCUGAUCCUCAGUCUCCCGGAGAAAGAGGAAACAGUGACCCAGGGUGUACGAGACAGAGAGGGGGGAAAUGCCGACGGCAACGAGAUGCAGCUCUCCGCCGCAAGCAAUGCAAGAUUAGAUCUCUAAAUGCAGCAAAACACUCCCUGAAAACCAACAACCCCGCGGUGCAAUCAGACAUUUCACUGCCGCUCACUGCACACGAAGAGGGCUUCAACAACAAGCUGAGACUUUUUCCCUUCUGUCUGUCUCUCCUACCCCUCCACUCCAUCAAUCGCAUCACAAGCGAUGAGUAGCAAAUAAGCUUUUUUACCUCUGCUACAGACCUGUGACCACCCUCUUUUCCUAUAUAUAUAUAAAUACACAUAUUUAAAAAAUAUUUUUUAGAAAAACAGCACUGCCACCGAUUUUUUUAUUAUUGUUAUUAUUUUUAUUAUUCUUUGUACGUCUGCGGGGAUUCAAGGAUCGGGAACGCAUCGCCUGCCCGGAGGAGAAGAUCUUUUGCAAAUAUUUUGAUUUUUGAAACCCUCCCACUGCCGAAGUUGGACAAACGAAGUCAACUGCGAGGGGACUGCAAGCACGGCAAGCUCUUGCUGAAACGCUGCUGAAGCUGCUCCCUCCCCUCCCCCAGACCCCCCCGAUUGCUCCCUCCCUCUGAGCUACAUGGUCUAUUUGCUGCCUCUCAUCCUGUGUCUCUGCAGAUGUUUUAGAGCAACAGGUUCAGGAACUUGAAAUAUAGGGGUGGGGAAAGAGAAGGGAAAAAAAAUCAAAACCAAAAAGGAAGGGAAAAAACAGCCGUCAGAGGAGGAAGAGCAACCCCAGAGCAGGAGGCAAAGAAGACGGGGACAACCCUGGUCGCCGCUGCUACUCCUGCCGCCUCCACCCCUGCUCGGGGAUGUACCUUUCCAUUUGUUGCUUCUUCUUUCUCUGGGCUCCCGCCCUGUCGCUGAAGAACCUGAAUUACUCGGUGCCGGAGGAGCAGGGAGCGGGCACGGUCAUUGGGAACAUCGGGCGCGAUGCGCGGCUGGCGGCAGGCGCGGUGGGAGGCGGGAUGCUGCCCGCGGAGCGUGGCGUUCCCGGUGGCGGCCCCGGCGGCGGCCGCGGCCCCAAGUCCACCUUCCGGGUGCUGGAGAAUUCAGCCCCGCACCUCUUGGACGUGGAUGGGGAGAGCGGGCUGCUCUACACCAAGCAGCGCAUUGACCGUGAGGCGCUGUGCCGGCGCAGCACCAAGUGCCAGCUGUCCCUCGAGGUGUUUGCCAACGACCAGGAGAUCUGCAUGAUCAAAGUGGAGAUUCAGGACCUGAACGACAAUGCACCAUCAUUCCCCUCUGACCAAGUGGACAUGGACAUCUCUGAAAAUGCUGCACCAGGCACCCGCUUCCCCCUCACCAGCGCCCACGACCCAGAUGCUGGGGACAAUGGUCUGCGCACCUACCUGCUCACUCGUGAUGACUACGGCCUCUUCUCCCUUGAUGUGAAGUCCCGUGGUGACGGCACGAAGUUUCCGGAGCUGGUCAUCCAGAAGCCAUUAGACCGUGAGGAGCAGAGUCACCACACCCUGGUGCUGACGGCACUGGAUGGCGGCGACCCACCACGCUCAGGCACGGUGCAGAUCAACGUGCGCCUCAUUGACUCCAAUGACAACAGCCCCAUCUUUGAGGCAGCCUCCUACGUGGUAGAGCUGCCAGAGAAUGCACCACUAGGCACUGCUGUCAUCGACCUCAAUGCCACUGAUGCUGAUGAGGGUACCAACGGAGAGGUGCUCUACUCCUUCAGUGGCUAUGCACCUGAGCGCGUCCGUGACCUGUUUAGCAUUGACCCACAGAGCGGCCUCAUCCGUGUCAAGGGCAACCUGGACUAUGAGGAGAGUGGCCUCAUUGAGAUUGAUGUCCAAGCUCGGGACCUGGGGCCCAAUCCUGUCCCUGCUCACUGCAAGGUCACUGUACGCCUCAUCGACCGCAAUGACAAUGCUCCCACCAUUGGCUUUGUCUCUGUUCGCCAGGGAGCUCUGAGUGAGGCCGCCCCACCAGGCACUGUCAUUGCCCUGGUGCGGGUCACCGACCGUGACUCAGGCAAGAACGGGCAGCUCCAAUGUCGGGUGCUGGGCGGUGGCGGCGGGCCCGGUGCCGUUCCUUUCACCCUGGAGGAGAACUAUGACAACUUCUACACUGUGGUCACUGACCGACCCCUGGACCGUGAGGCACAGGACGAGUACAAUGUGACCAUUGUGGCACGUGAUGGGGGCAAUCCCCCACUUAACUCCACCAAGUCAUUUUCUGUCCGGAUCCUUGACGAGAACGACAACCCGCCCCGCUUCAGCAAGAAUCUUUAUGUGUUACAGGUGCCUGAGAACAAUAUCCCUGGAGAGUACUUGGGCUCAGUCUUGGCCCAGGACCCUGACCUGGGCCAAAAUGGGACAGUGUCUUACUCCAUUCUGCCUGGGCACGUGGGAGAUGUCUCCAUCUACACCUAUGUCUCUGUCAACCCCACAAAUGGUGCUAUCUAUGCCCUGAGGAGCUUCAAUUAUGAACAGACAAAGCACUUUGAGUUCCGCGUGCUGGCCAAAGACUCGGGUUCCCCCCACCGUGAAAGCAAUGCCACAGUGCGCGUCACCGUGCUCGACGUCAACGAUAACGCUCCCCUCAUCGUCCUGCCUGCCCUCAUCAAUGACACUGCUGAGCUGCAGGUGCCACGCAAUGCUGGGGUGGGCUACCCCGUGGGCACCGUCCGCGCCCUGGACAGUGACUUUGGGGAGAGUGGGCGCCUCACAUAUGAGAUUGUGGAAGGCAAUGAGGAGCACCUCUUUGAGAUGGACCCCACUAGCGGUGAGAUACGCACCUUGCACCCCUACUGGGAGGAGCUCAGCCCUGUGGCUGAACUGGUGGUAAAAGUCAGUGACCAUGGCAAGCCCAGCCUCUCCGCAGUGGCCAAGCUCAUAGUCAGGGCCUUGGCAGGGCCCCUGCCCGAGGCUGGCGAGCCACAGGUGAAUGGCGAGCAGCAUCGGCGGCCACACUGGGACUUGUCGCUGCCACUGAUUGUGACACUGAGCACUGUCUCCAUCAUCUUGCUGGCUGCCAUGAUCACUAUUGCCGUGAAGUGCAAGCGAGAGAACAAGGAGAUCCGCACCUAUAAUUGUCGCAUUGCCGAGUAUAGCCACCCUCAGCUGGGAGGAGGGGGAGGCAGUGGCGGGGGAGGAGGAGGCAGUGGCAGUGGAGGGGGCAAGGGCAAGAAGAAGAAGAUCAGCAAGAAUGACAUUAUGCUGGUGCCCAGUGAGGGCGAGGACAGCCGGGGUCCCCUCAAUGUCAUGAACGUGGUGAGCAGCCCAUCUCUGGCCACCUCACCCAUGUACUUUGACUACCAGACCCGCCUGCCCCUCAGCUCUCCCAGGUCUGAGGUGAUGUACUUGAAGCCCGCCUCCAACAACCUGACUGUACCCCAGGGACAUGUGGGCUGCCACACCAGCUUCACAGGGCAAGGGACUAACGCCAGCGAGGCUCCCCCGAGCCGGAUGUCCAUAAUUCAGACAGACAAUUUUCCCGCAGAGCCCAAUUACAUGGGCAGCAGGCAGCAGUUUGUUCAAAGUAGCUCCACGUUCAAGGAUCCAGAAAGAGCCAGCUUGAGGGACAGCGGGCAUGGGGACAGUGAUCAGGCUGACAGUGACCAAGACACUAACAAAGGCUCCUGCUGUGACAUGUCUGUUAGGGAGGCACUCAAGAUGAAAACUACUUCAACUAAAAGCCAGCCACUUGAACAAGCAUUCCCGACUUUGCUUUCCUUUGCUAUCCUCACCCUACAUACCAUCACAAGUAGACUUCAGUCUGUUGAUCUGCUUCUUUCAGAACAGCAAGGCAGAGGCCAAAGACCCAUUGUUGGGAUCUGUGGACCAGCCCGCUGUGAAGAUGGAAAAUUUUCAGAAAACAAGCGAACAAAAACAACCAAACAAAAACCCAACAUCACCUGUGGGAAACUAGUCGCUGCUACGAUGUCCAGGGAGCAGAAAUGGAGAGUUAGUCGAUACAAACAAGAAGAAUGUGUUAACUGCACAGAUGAAUGCAGAGUGCUUGGUCAUUCUGACAGGUGUUGGAUGCCACAGUUCCCUGCAGCCAGUCAGGCUGAGAAUGCAGAUUAUCGCACAAAUCUCUUUGUACCCACAGUUGAAGCUAACGUUGAGACUGAGACAUACGAAACUGUGAAUCCCACUGGGAAAAAGACUUUUUGUACAUUUGGGAAAGACAAGAGAGAGCACACUAUUCUCAUUGCCAAUGUUAAACCUUACUUAAAAGCCAAACGUGCCCUGAGUCCUCUGCUUCAGGAGGUUCCCUCAGCAUCGAGCAGCCCAACCAAGACAUGCAUUGAGCCUUGCACCUCAACAAAAGGACCACUGGAUGGUUGUGAAGUGAAAUCAGGAGCCUUGGCUGAACCAAGCAGCCAGUACUUGUCAACUGACAGUCAGUAUCUAUCGCCCAGUAAACAGUCAAAGGACGCUUCCUUCAUUGCAUCAGAUCAGAUGGCUAGGGCCUUUGCAGACGUGCAUUCCCGAGUGAGCCGAGACUCAAGUGAGAUGGACUCUGUUCUGGAGCAGUUAGACCGUUCAGCCCGGGAUCUAGGCAGGGAGUCGGUGGAUGCUGAGGAAGUUGUGAGAGAAAUAGACAAGCUCUUGCAGGACUGUCGGGGAAGCGACCCUGUGGCCAUCAGAAAGUGAGGGGGAAAAUAAGGACAGGCUGGCAGUUGCAUUCCUCUUCUGCUGAUUGAAAGUAAAUAAAUAAAUAAAUUCCCUGGUUGUAACAGAAUUACAGGAAUGAAGGAAGACCAAUGCUGCUUUAAGGCUUUUAGUGAACAUCUGAAGUGCCCACAAGUAUGUUCUUUUCACUGCUCUUUCUUUUUGACAGAUAACACUGGUUUCAUUUUGACCAAACUUUCAUUAGGACAGAGUCAAGUACACCAAGAACAAAAUGAAAGAAGGAAAGACAGUGCCAUUUUGACAAUCUGAUAGGAAGGUGUGAGAAAGAUGGACUGGAAAUACGUCUGAUACUUUAAGACUGUCCUCAAUAGCUGAUGCUGACUUUACUGUUUACGUAUAAACCCCAAGAAAAACAGGGUUGAAUAAUGCUGAUCUGUGGUGAAUUUCCAGCAGCCACCACAGGCUUCUACUGAAAGUCCUAUAAAGAGUUCUUGUAGUAGUCCAAGCGACGCCAAACAUUAACAUUCAUUUGUGGUAAACAUUUAUGUACAAAGUUAUCUGCCACAAAUAUGAAAAAAAGAAAAAAAAAAAAAAAAUCAAAAAGAACCAUUCCAGAUCAUUAUUCAAGAAAACAUAUCCUCAUCAUUAAUGAAACACUACAUAUCAUAUUAAGGUUAAAUGUAAAAGUAUAUAGUCCAUCUUGUCCUGCACACACAUAAGCUAAUUCACUUGAUAAAAGGAAAAAAAAAAAAAAGGAUUUUAAUAUCUAUUUAGCAUUUUAGUGUCCAACAAAGCUAUAAAUAGUUAGUGGUAAGUUUUCAAAGAAAAAGAAAAGGAAGUAAAAUAAAGUUUGGGAAAAAAAGAGUUACUUUAAGGGUAAUACAGAAAAGAAAUUAACAUUAUUAACACUUUUUUAUUCAUUUGUGGACACUAAAAUAGCUCAGGAAAGUGAAAAUGUCAGACAUCCACAAAAAUCACAUGGUCAUUUAAAUGUGCAAAUGUAAGAAGAUUCAGUGUGUUUACAUCAAAUGACAUAUUUUUAUUGAUUUAUUGCAGAUUCAGUGCAUAUGAGCCAAAUUGUUGAGUGUAUAAGAGCUAUAUUGUGUAUUUUAUUAAAUUAAUAUAUAGUUGUGUUGCAAAAAUAUUUGGGCUUAUAUUGUAAAUGGCAAGUGUUGCCUCAGUAGCUGUCGAACUCUAUGAGUUUUGUUUUUUCCUGCUUCCUUUUCCCCAUGGAAUAUGGGAAGCAGUGCCUCAGAGCAAAGUCUCUUGUUUAAUGUAUGGUCUACGAAGUACUGCAGUACAUAAUCUGUUCAAAAUGUGUUUGAGUGAGCUGAUGGAGCUAACUGAACAGCCUAGAAAUACGUCCAUCAGUCAUGGUUAUGUGCAAGUCCUUGUAGAAGCUUCUAUUGCAAACCCAUGUUUAAUAACAAAAAUUACACUCGAAGCAACAUCUGGAACCUCCUUGGGUUUUUUUCCCAACACAUGCAGCCAGCCUGUUCAAUGUAGGAUAUUUGAUUGACUUCUUCAGAGAUGCCACCAUUUUCAAAGUUUUGGUAUUAAGUUUAUAGAGCUGAAACCUAUGCCAAUUCCAAUGUGGCAUGAGCAGUAUUUUAUCUGAUACUUUAGCAUGUGCAAUUGCUUACUGCAGUUCUAGAUAAAUACUGCUUAUUCUAGGGGGUGUUUUUAGUCAGUUUUUCACUUGAUCUGAAUAAUAUUUGCAGAAUAACUUAAAAUAACUUGGGAUAUAGUUUCUACUUUUUAUUAUUGUUUCCUAAGAGUGUUUGUAUUGCAUUUGAAAAACUCAAAAUUACUUUCAGGUGGAAUUUAGAAAAGAACAAGUGAACUUCCACAGUACAAGAAAACGCAGAAGAAUAAAAUGUUUGGCUCAGGAUUUGUCCCUUAUAUAUUUCAGAUACUCUGCUGGAAAUACCACUAUGGCACAUUGUUUAAAAAAUAUGUAUUUGGUUUCUUAAAUUUAAUCUGUAAUUUUAAAAUGUUUAUAAAAGGGGUUGGCAAUCUGAAAUACCACAAGCCAUAGUUUUUUAUCCGUUCAAGAAAAAAGUUGACCCAACAGCCUAUUUUAGUUUUGGGAUUGCAUUUAAAUGGUGAUUUUAGCUAGUCAGUCCUACAAUGAAUUGUCUUUGGGAGACAGCAAUUCUGACAGUUUGCUUUUGGCUCCUGUUAAAAAAAGUCUACAAUUAUAUGCAAAAGGAAGGAUCUUGUACAUGUCUUAUCAAGCUACUCUCCAUGUUUUGGACAAUUUAUGUAUCUAAAAUGUGGUGUUGUCUGUGUUAUAUAAUUUUAUUUUUUUUUUUGGCCAGGAGACCCGAGAUUGGUUUUGCUUGAUAGCUUGAUAGCUUGAAAUUCCAUAGUGGAGAGGAUUUCUUAUUGUUUGAUCAGUCUUUUCUACGUAUUUCCGUGGUGCCCAUCACUUCAGUGUCUGUGCACCAAGUCUUUAGCUCUGCCAGUGAGAUCCAUUAUUCAGCAAACUCUAAGCCAGUAUGUAAAUGCAGUCAAGUGAUGGAGAUUUGUGUAUUUUAUAAAUGAUUUUAACACUGAGUAACCAAUUGUACAAUUCAUUGUAUGUUUCUGAAGACAUAAAACCACAACAUUCUGAGAAAGGGCUGUGCCAAUGUAAGAGGAAUUUACCUUAAGGCUCUCUGUCACUAGUGAUUUACUAGCUUUAGCUGUUUAACACAUUAUCUGUAUUUAGUAGUGAUUAUUUAUUUGCCACUGUGAGGUAAUUCAGAAUUCAUGACUCACAGCUUUAUAGAGGAGUUUAGGAAAUCUUGCUUUUCUUUAAUUUGCCUUUCAACUGCCUUGUUUUGUAGAACUCUGGCAUACUCCUUCCCAGUAUAAGAAUAUCCCAGGUUAAAAAAUUUAUUUCACAAUUUCAAAUGGAUUCAUAAUGAACCAAUAAACCAGCAGAGCUUAUACAAUGUGAGUUGUGCUGGUUCAGUCAAAAUUAACAUGAUUGUCUGUGAAGGACGUACUGCACACAAAAGAAUUUAAAGUGUUUUUUCUCCAUGGUAUCUCUACUAUCACUAUUGGAGAAAGAGGCAGCAAUGAAAGAUAAAGUUUAUGAGUUAUUUCUCUCAUUUUUUACACACAUGCUUUAUAAGACUGAAAGGAAAUAUCUGCCACAAGAUUAUAAAAGGAAAGUUGGAGUUGAGGGAGGCAAGUUAAGCAACUAAUAAAUUUGUACUGUACACUGUGAAUAGCAAAUAAGGCAUUCUGUAUCUUUUUUAAUUAACAAAAGCCAGCAACUGGGAGUUCCUUAUACAAUUGGCCAAUCAAAUCAGAACUCGAAAUCAGACCCCUUUUUUUUUUCUUUUUUAAUUGGCAUAUUUAUGAGGAAACAGAGUCUCCUGAACUGUGAUUUUCCACUUAAGAAUAGAGGCUUCCCAAUCCAAGUUACCCCUAGAAGUCAAACUUUGUUCAUAGUGGAGCAAGAUACACCAUUCAAACAAGCUUUUAUGUUGCUUGCUGUCAAAUGGAAGGGAAAUUGCUGAGGUCAAGGAGGUGUCUGAAGGCUAGCAUAACAUACACCCACUCAUUAUUGUUUAAUUGCUUUCUUUUGACAUGAGGCAGCAAUUAUUAUUGCAUUAAUUUAAAUGGGAGUUUUGGCUAUCAAGAUUUGUUGACUUGAAGUGUAAUUGAAUGAAAUCUGAUUAAGGUUUUGACUUCUCUGGCCCAAUUGUGAUACAGGUUGGCAUUCUCAUUUAUCAGCCCCUGUCUCCCCAUAUGGCUCAAAGUUGCACCAAUGACUGGUGAAUGACACAAAAAAACCAAACAAAAGCAGCAUACAUUGUAUGGAUUUUCUCAACCGCUAUUGUUUAAUGGCUGUGUUUAAUGUGACCUAUCUGGAAAAUGAGGACUACGAAUAAAAAGCGAUUACUAAUA